UCACUGACGAAUAUAUAUUUUUUUGGUCACCUGACACAGACAUUACGAAAAUAGCAAAUUUUCGUGAAUAAGUUAAUUAAAGUGCUGUUUAAAAUUCUUGAAUCCAUCUAGAUUAUCACAGUGCAACAUGGCUAACAUAGAUGAUAUGAUUUCUCACUUGGAUGAUAAAAUUGACAUGAUUGCUGCGACAAGUGUCUUACAGCAGCAAGCUAGUGAUAUUAGAACGCAAAAGAUCAACUGGCAAUCAUAUCAACAAUCUCAAAUGAUUUCCAAUGAAGAUUUUAAUGCAAUAACGGCUUUGGAUGGAGAUAAGAAGUCGCACUAUUUGAAGGAUAAUCAAUAUCAAGCUGCUAAGACGUUCCUCAGUCUUUUGAGUCAUGUAUCUAAGGAUACAACUAUCCAAUAUCUUCUCGUUAUGAUUGAUGACUUGUUAUCUGAAGAUCGUACUCGUGUUGAAAUCUUCUUGGAUUAUGCUUCAAAGCGUAAAGAGACAGUUUGGGGUCCAUUCCUAUCACUCUUGAAUCGUUCUGAUGGAUUUAUUAUUCACAUGACUUCAAGAAUCAUUGCAAAACUUGCAUGCUGGGGACAAGAUCAAAUGCCAAAAUCUGAUCUCAACUUCUAUUUGCAAUGGUUAAAGGACCAGCUUACAUUAAGCGCUGCAGCAUAUAACAAAGAGUUGGAAGAGAUAAUUAAGCAUCGUGGAUAUAAGGAAAAGGACCAUCCUCAUCAACAUAUGCAUCUCUUCCAUUUUCAUCAUCAUCAUCAAAAUAAGGAUCAACAACAAAACGUGAUUGUUGAGAAAUAUAGGGAAGUCUCAAGUGCAAUUGAUGAACCUAUUCAUGGUGAACGCGCUGGUUCACCUUCUGUCUCUUCUGGCGUUCGUUUAAAGAUUACGGAUAAUGAAUACAUCCAAUCUGUUGGUCGUUGCUUGCAAAUGAUGCUCCGUGUUGACGAAUAUCGUUUUGCUUUCGUCACAGUCGAUGGUAUCAGUACAUUGAUUUCUAUUUUGUCAUCACGUGUCAACUUCCAAGUUCAAUAUCAAUUAGUUUUCUGCUUAUGGGUUUUGACAUUCAAUCCACUGCUCGCUGAGAAAAUGAACAAGUUCAAUGUUAUUCCCAUUCUCGCUGAUAUUUUGAGCGAUUGUGCAAAGGAAAAAGUAACAAGAAUUAUUCUUGCCGUAUUUAGAAAUUUAAUUGAAAAGCCAGAGGAUGCACAAGUGUCCAAGGAACACUGCAUUGCUAUGGUUCAAUGUAAAGUUCUCAAACAAUUGUCCAUUCUUGAGCAACGUCGUUUUGACGAUGAAGAUAUCACAUCUGAUGUUGAAUUUCUAACUGAAAAAUUGCAAACAUCCGUUCAAGAUCUUUCAUCAUUUGAUGAAUAUUCAACGGAAAUUAAGAGUGGACGCUUGGAAUGGUCACCAGUACACAAAUCUGCUAAAUUCUGGCGUGAAAAUGCACAACGCUUGAACGAGAAGAAUUACGAAUUGUUGAGAAUUUUAAUUCAUUUAUUAGAUACUUCACGAGAUCCUUUAGUCUUGUCUGUUGCUAGCUACGAUAUCGGUGAAUAUGUUCGUCACUUUCCUCGUGGAAAACACGUCAUCGAGCAGCUUAAUGGUAAACAACUAGUAAUGCAGCUUCUCGGACAUGAAGACCCUAAUGUACGUUAUGAGGCUCUCCUUGCUGUUCAGAAAUUGAUGGUUCAUAAUUGGGAGUAUUUAGGAAAACAAUUGGAAAAAGAUAGUGAGAAGGUUCCGGGUGAUAAGGACGGUGCAAAAACAAUUUCAGGAAAGGCUUAAAUGUUGUUAACCCUAGCGCACCUUACUUAUUAGUAUUAUAUAUUCAUCAUAUACUUAUUCAUAAAGAGGAAAUUUAUUGAUUGUAUAUAAAAAUUCUUCAUAUCUUAAUUAAAUCAUUUCAAGUGGAAUCAAAAAUCUUUUGUUGAUCAUUUUGUUAAAGACGUGAAAUAUUUGAGGCAUUCCAUUAUGAACUUUUCCCGCUACUUUAUAUCUAUCAAGAUAUUUGUAAGCUUAUUGAUCCCCGUGUUUAAUAUAGACAAAAAUGUGCAAGAAAUAUCCAACAAUUCAAUGUAAUUUAUUUAGUGAAAUCAUUCUGUUGAAAAUUUAAUGUGUUGAACAAAGGAUAAAAGUAAUAAAAUAUCUAUAAUAAAAAUAUAUUACAUAAAAUAUGAAAAGC